AGAAACAUAGUAAUUUUAUCGUUCGUGAAUGCCCUUUGCCUGUUGACUUUGAACGCGUACGCUCCGAUUGUGUGUGUGAGUGUGUCGCCUAUCAGAAAAACUUAAUUUUAUCAGAAGCGCCAAGCAGAUAAGACAGGAGAUCGCCGAUAAAAAGCCGGUCUCGCAUCGAAAAAAAAAAUUAAGCAGUAAAAAAGGCAGUAAUCGAAUCGUCCAGGAUGUUUGUUGACGAUAAAGCAGAGAUGGACGGCAUCGGCACGUCUAUUGCGAUCGGGGCGUUGAAGGCUUUUGCCUUCGUCUGCGACAUUCUUACCUUCCCCAUUUAUGUUCUUCUACAAAGACCAUGGAAAGUUCGUGAAAUGUCUAAAAGAGUUAAAGCUCAACCUAUAGUGAAAGAUUCAAGAAGUGUUAUUUAUCGAUCCGUUGAUGAACCGUCUAGAACUCACGUGGAAAUGGUUCGAGAAAAAGUUAAUACGUUAGCCGAUAUGAUGCAGUACGUUUCGGAUAAAUACGCGAACAAAAAAUGCCUUGGAACGCGACAAAUUAGAGGUGAAGAGGACGAGGUUCAAUCUAACGGAAGAGUUUUUAAAAAGUAUAUUAUGGGUGAUUAUAUUUGGCAAACUUAUGCUGAAGUAAAUGAAUUAGCAACAAAUUUCGGCAAAGGGAUUCGCGAAUUGGGAAAUCGCCCACGAGAAAAUAUUGCGAUUUUUGCAGAAACUAGAUCUGAAUGGAUGAUUGCAGCACAAGGACUUUUUAAACAAAGUAUACCAGUGGUAACUUUAUAUGCAACACUUGGAGAUGAUGCUAUAGCACACGGAAUAAACGAAACAGAAGUAACGACAGUUAUCACAAGUUAUGAAUUAAUGCCAAAAUUCAAAACAAUCCUAGCACGAACUCCAUCAGUAAAAACAUUAAUCUACAUGGAAGAUCAAUUAAAAUCGUUAAAUAUGAGCGAGUACACUUCCGACGUGGCGAUCGUUAAGUUUUCUGAUGUACUGGAAAAAGGUGCUACAUCCAACAUACCAAACAUGUUCCCUUCACCGUCCGAUACCGCCAUCAUCAUGUACACAAGUGGUUCUACGGGAGUACCCAAAGGGGUUAUUUUACUUCAUUCCAAUUUGAUAGAAACAAUGAAAGCCUUUGUGGAUUCGACUGUUAUUUACCCAGACGAUAUUUUAAUUGGUUUCUUACCGUUGGCUCAUGUUUUUGAAUUACUGGUUGAAUGUGUGUGUUUGGUUUCGGGGAUUUCUAUCGGUUAUUCAAGUGCUUUAACUAUGAUCGAUUCCAGUAGUAAAAUUAAAAGAGGGACUAAAGGUGAUGCAUCAGUUUUACAUCCAACUUGUAUGACCAGUGUACCUUUAAUUUUGGAUAGGAUUUCAAAAGGUAUCCAAGAAAAAGUUAGUAAAGGAAGCUUUUUAACGAAAACGUUGUUCAAAUUCGCUUAUGAUUACAAGGUCAAUUGGGUAAAAAGAGGUUAUAGUACGCCUAUAUUAGAUAAAGUAGUAUUUUCAAAAAUUAAGAAUAUAUUAGGAGGAAAAGUUAGGUUAAUUUUAUCCGGAGGAGCUCCAUUAUCUCCAGACACUCAUGAACAAAUUAAUACUUGCUUAUCAUUAAGUGUGAUACAGGGUUAUGGAUUGACUGAAACUACAUCUUGUGCAACCGUAAUGGAUGCAUAUGAUAGAACUGUUGGUAGAGUAGGAGCAACAACAACCGUUUGUGAUAUUAUGUUAGUAAAUUGGGAAGAAGGCAACUAUAGAGUGACUGAUAAACCGUAUCCCCGUGGUGAAAUCGUCGUUGGUGGUGGUAACGUUAGUGUUGGUUAUUAUAAAUUAGCGAGUAAAACCAAAGAGGAAUUUUUCGAAUUGGAUGGAAAAAGAUGGUUUAAAACCGGCGAUAUUUGCGAAAUACACGAUGAUGGGGUGGUAAAAAUUAUUGACCGCAAAAAGGAUUUGGUAAAAUUACAAGCUGGGGAAUACGUCUCAUUAGGAAAAGUUGAAGCGGAACUUAAAACGUGUUCCCUAGUGGAUAAUAUUUGUGUAUAUGGUGAUUCAAGUAAACAAUAUUGUGUAGCGCUGGUCGUCCCCAAUCAACAAAUGCUAAUAGAGUUAAUUGUAAAGAAAGGUUUUCAAGAAACCCAAUUUGAAGAGCUUUGCGCAUCACAUGAAAUCGAAAAAGUUGUACUACAAGAACUUCAAGAGCACGGAAAGAAAUGUAAACUAGAGAAAUUUGAAAUUCCAGCCGCAAUAAAAUUGUGUACGGAAGUUUGGUCGCCCGAUAUGGGAUUAGUAACGGCCGCGUUUAAAUUGCGCAGGAAAGAUAUUCAAGAAAGAUAUCAGCACGAGAUAAAUAGAAUGUAUGCUUCUUGAAAUAAGGCCUUUUGAAUGCACUUAACUCGACUGUCCGUGUAUUUUGAAGCAAGAUGGAGAGCAAAGACAAACCCGGCCUGGUUUGUUUCAUUUUUUUAUAGGGAGCUAUACGGAUAUAAUGUAAUAUAUUAGCAUUUGUUUUUUUUUUCUUCAAUAUACUUGUAUAUAUAAACUUUUAAAAA